UUGCCGGACCGUAACAUUAUUUUGUAGGCUCCACCGGAAGCUACAUGUCCUACAGCCCUCACUUGUCAGUUUCCCAAACACUGUGUUAUCGAAGCUUGGGCAAUUGACAGCAGGCGGGGGAUAGCCGUGUGUUCACUUUCGUUUUAUACUUACGGGAAUCAGUCGCACUUAAUUUCACAGCUGAACUCUUCAAGAAGGCGUGAUCUUUAUGCCUGACAAAAGGCGACAAUAUUGAAAAUGUUCCGAGCUGCACUUUGUUUGUUGUCGGUGUUUGGGACAACUCUAUUGUGGGGGACAUGCUCGACUUUUGACGAGGAUGCCUUCACCAUUCAGCACUCCAACACAGGGAAGUGUUUAUCUGCUCAGGAGUCUGGACGUUUGGCUCUCUCAGCCUGUGAGCCAAACAAUACGUUCCAUUCCUGGAAGUGGGGUUCAGGUCACCGACUUUUCCACAUGGCAACCUCCCUCUGCUUGGCAUUAGAUGUCCACUCCAAGUCUUUGUCCCUGGUGGACUGUGGUUCAGACAUCCUGCUAUGGUGGCACUGCGUGGAUGGGGCUGUGGUCACAGUUUACCAAAUGGGUCUCACAGUCGACGGAGGCCAGUUAGCAGCCAGACGGGAUACGUAUGACACGUGGGUGAGAGGGGGAUCCCAGGAUAGCCUUUGCCAGAUUCCAUACCGCGUCAUUCACACCAUCAAUGGGAACUCUGCCGGCGCUCCUUGUGAGUUUCCCUUCAAGUACAAUGGAAGCUGGCAUCACGGAUGCAUCCCAGAUUCUGACUUCCCGGGUUUCUCCUGGUGCUCCACCUCAUCAGACUAUGACCAGGACCGAAAGAAGGGGCACUGUCUAAAACCUGAGAAGGGUUGCCAGACUCUGUUUGUUGGGCCAGAGGGGGACUCCUGCUAUGAGUUUGUACCCAAUGCUGCCAUGACCUGGCAGCAAGCUUUAGAUUCAUGUCGGAGCCAAGGAGCGGAUUUGCUCAGCGUGUCUGGCCCGGAUGAUCUCCACUCCAAAACCUUUUUAAACGGCCUCAACAGGAUGCCUGAGAGAAUGUGGAUUGGCCUCCAUCAGUUAGAUACGUCUCAGGGCUGGCAGUGGUCAGAUGGCUCCCCGCUGACCAUCUUGCGGUGGGAAACAGGAAUGCCACCCAGCUCCAUGAUCAUUGAGUCUGACUGCGGAGUCCUGAACUCCAACCAGAACUAUGAAGCUGAAGCGUGCAGCAAACAACUACCAUAUAUCUGCAAGAAGAAAGUCAAUUCUUCUCAAACAAUACCAUCAGAGUCACUCAUGUAUAAUGAAACGGUGUGUGCUUCUGGUUGGGUGCCAUGGAAUGGCUGGUGUUACAAGUUAGUGACGGACAAGCCUCAAAACUUCACUGAUGCGCAGAAGUACUGCAACAGCACAGGGGAUGGAAGCUUUCUGGCCAGCCUCCACUCUAUCGACAGCAAGGAGAUGAUCAGCACAAGUUUUCAUGCAGACGGAAUGUCGUCAGAUGUUUGGAUCGGUCUGAUCGGUGAAGGUAUGAAACCUGCUGUCUUCAAAUGGAUCAACCAAGCACCAGUCACCUUCACAUUCUGGGGCCCAAAUCAGCCAGUGCAGCCUUCUCAGGAUACCAGCUGCGUCUUCUACUCUGUGUCUGGUUGGCAUGUUGGCCGCUGCUCUGAGACACUAGCUUUCAUGUGUCAGACCAAAGGAAAAGUCAGAGAAUCAUUGGGAGUGGCUGGCUGUCGCUUUGAGGAUGGCUGGAGGAGACACGGCAACUCUUGUUACCUUGUGAACACGACACAAGUGUUUUUGAAAGAUGGCUGCAAUGUCACUAUUAGAAACAGAUUUGAACAAGCUUUCAUCAACCGUCUGCUUGGAGAUUAUAUUAGCAAUACACCUCAGUAUUUCUGGAUUGGGCUGCAGGACGUUAAGAACACAGGAGAGUACCAAUGGCAGGGGCAGAAUAAUUCCCAAAGUGUAGUUACGUACACCAACUGGGGCUGGUUUCAACCAGAUAAGGAUGGCGGCUGUGCUGUAAUCUCCACCGCAAAACCACUUGGCAAGUGGGAGGUGAAAAAUUGUACCCUUUUUAAGGCCGGCACCAUUUGUAGGACAGACCUCAGUCCAGUUCUGCCACCUCCACCCGAGCCAGACCUUACCACUCCUUGCCCGGACGGAUGGGUAUCCGUACCUGGUGUAAAAUAUUGCUUCAAGGUGUUUCAUGAGGAGCGACUGAGUCGCAAACGGUCGUGGGAGGAAGCUGAAAGAUUCUGUCAGGCACUUGGAGCCAACCUGCCCAGUUUUACUAAUAGAGACGAGAUGAAUGCGCUGCAUACUAUCAUGAGGGACACCAUCAGCGAUGAUCGGUACUUUUGGGUCGGCUUGAACAGAAGAAACCCAGCCGACCGCUCCUGGCAGUGGAGCGACAGCCGUCCCGUAUCCCUGGAUAUUUUACAUCAUGAUUUCCAUGAGGACGAUGCAUACAGUCGAGACUGUACAGCAUUUAAGACAAUGAAGAGCACCAUCAAGCACCUCUUUAUGUUUGUACUCCACGACCAUGUUCCUGCAUUGUUCUAUGCUACACCGUUUCACUGUGAUGCCAAGUUGGAAUGGGUCUGUCAAAUCCCUCGUGGAAGGACGCCAAAGUAUCCGGACUGGUACAAUCCUGGCGUACACCAUGAAACGUCUGUCUUCAUCGAUGGUAGCGAGUAUUGGUUUGUGAAUGAGCCCCAGUUGACGUUUGAGGAGGCAAUGCUAUUUUGCAGCAUGAAUGGCAGCAAACUGGCUACAGCGCCCAGCUCCACUGCUGCCAGACUCAUUCACAAGUACAUCGAAAAGAUGUCAACUUCUCAGAAGCAAGGCUGGUGGGUCAACCUGAAAGACACCAAGCGAAUGUUUCCCAUGACGGCACCUCAGCUGCACUUCUAUUAUUCAGCUCUCUUCGGCAGAUGCACCUCCAUCAGCCCUGAGAGCUCCUUUCCAAAGUAUGAGCACAGUUGCAAGCAGCGGUUGCCCUUCGUGUGUGAAAAGUACAACAUCACAUCAGUGGAGAGAAGCCCUCUAGACCCUCAUCCUGGAGGCCUGCCAUGUGGAAAUAACUCUCUGGCCUUCAGAAAUAAGUGCUACACGCUGAUGAAGGCUGUGGAGCCAGUAUCAUUCAGGUCUGCCAGUGAGACAUGCCAGUCAGUGAGGGGAACCCUAGUCACCAUCUCAGACCAAGUGGAGCAAGACUUCAUCACCAGCCUGCUGCCCACAAUGAAGGACAUGGGAGGCAUAUGGAUUGGUCUCAAACUCAGACGAUACAAACUGCAAUGGGUGGACCAGUCGCGGGUCAGUUACGUCAAUUUCCAUCCGCUGCUCCUCGGCAUGAACAAGGCCAUAAAAGUCAACACACUGGAACCAGACAGCACGGAUCUGUGUGUGUUUUUACUCAAUAACGCUAAUUCGGCUGUGAUGGGUACCUGGGACUACACCUCUUGCACCCAGUAUCAACAUGGGGCUCUUUGUCAACACUAUGCAGAUCAAGUAGAGGAACCUUCCGUCCCAUCAGACUCUUUCCAAGUCAACAACCACACCAUCCUGCUGCUUGUUAAGAAUCUUACCUGGUUCGAGGCCUUAGAACAGUGCAGCAGUCACGACAUGGAUCUAGCAAGUGUGGCAGACACCUUGCUGCAGUCCACCCUCAGCGUGCACGUGAGCCGUGCGCGCACACCCAUGUGGAUCGGCCUCUUCAGUGAAGACGAUGGUAUCCACUACCGCUGGACUGACCACAGCCACACCGUUUUCAGUCGCUGGUCGGCAGACGUCACGGCAGGUUCCUGUGUCUACCUCGAUACCGAUGGCUUCUGGAAAGCCACCGAGUGUGAGCAGAAGCUUGGCGGCGCUAUCUGCCACAAACCACAUAGAGAUACCAUUACCACACCUGAGGAUGUUGCAGUGAAGUGUCCUCAUAAGAUAAAUGGACCAAACUGGAUCCCCUUCAAAAACAACUGCUACUUUUUCCAGCUUGCUGCUUCCAGAUGGGAGCAAAUCGACCAAAGCCCCAUCCGCAAUAUCUGUGCUAGCCUGCAUGAAGGGGCAGACAUCCUCACCAUCCGCAACGCAGAGGAGAACGAGUUUAUCCACCAACAACUUCUGCCGUUUCAAAACUUGGUUCAGUUCGUGUGGCUUGGACUGUUCCAAGACAAAAGUAACCAGAUGAAGUGGUAUGACGGCACCAAUGUCCAAUAUUCCAACUGGAAAAAUGGCAGACCAGAAGUCGAUGGCCCCUUCAUGACAGGUCUCACUCUGCAAGGCCAAUGGCUCCUCGUCACAAACCAAAUGCUAUUCUCAGAGUUCAAACAAAGAGCCAUAGUGACCUGCAAACUGGAUAACGAACCAAAAGACGAGUACUCCAAGUCAGUCAGGGACUUUAAAUACUUGGGCAAUAUAACCUACGAGGUGGUGACCCAAAAGCUGAAUUGGUACCAGGCUCUGGAGAAGUGUGGUGAGCGUGGAGGGCAUUUGGCAAGUGUCCAUGAUGCUCAGCACAACGCGCGUGUGAAGCUCCUUGCAAAAACUGAUGGUUUCCCACUCUGGAUUGGCUUGUCCAACCAGGAGAUUGGGGGUCCAUCCUACGAAUGGUCAGAUGGAACUAAGUACCAAUACAGGGAAAACAUCUCCGAGUCGUUGGAGGGCUCCAGCUCAGACAAGGAAGAGGUGGGCUGCGUUUUUGUGAUGCCCUCCGGUGCUUGGAUGCGGAGCAACUGCAGCUCUCUGCUAGAUGGCGCCAUCUGCUACACGACCAACACGACCACCCAGUCCCAAAGAGCCAAACUCCAGGCAAGGUCAGAGGUCAACCACUGCCCUCAAAGCAACGGAACAUCCAAGUGGGUGCAGCAUCAGGACCUCUGCUACGCCUUUGACAUGAGCUUCUACAACUACAGCGUUUACAGCAACGCGCAGGCCAGGAGCAUCUGUCAGAGCAUGGAUGCUCAACUGCUCAGCAUAAAAACCAAAGAGGAGAAUGACUUUGUGUCCAAGUACGUGACUGAUAACCCUCUCAUCACAAGUCGAGUGUGGCUCGGAGUUGGCCUCGAUUCUAAAGGUACUCCCACAGCCUGGGAGGACGGCUCUGCUCUGUCGUUCUCUAACUGGAAGUCUGGCGCCUCCGUUAGCGGGCAGAAGUCCAAAGCACCGUGUGCCGUCAUGGUGACAGCAGACGGAGGAAGCUGGAGUCUGGUCAGCUGCGAGGCCAGCUUCAGUCGAGUCGUCUGCCAAACCAAAACCAAGUCAUCCGGCUCUCCCGUAGCUGUGGGCUUCUUCGUUAUCAUCCUCAUUGCGCUCGUCCUCGCCGUGGGCUUCCUCUUCUACAGAAAGAAGAGAGGCCACUUCUCCUCGUCGGUGCGUUACAAGAGGACCAUGGAUGAGUCAGACACCACCAAUAUUAUCACAGACGCUGAAUGAGCAGACUCUGUUUUGCCUCAGGGAGUUUAGAGUUUGUGGCCCUCAACCCAAUCCCACUUUUAAAUGACUAUUUAUUUAUUUAUCAAGUUCCCCACCUGUUUGUAUGAUUCUAUGGAGGGUAUGAAUAUGAUCAGGCAAGUGUCUUAAGUGCAUUGUUUUAGAUUUUUGUUUUUGUUCCCCCUAAAUUUGACAUUUUUAAGUAAAGAACAAAAUUAUGUAUCUCUGUCCAGGCAGAUUACACGAAUUGCACUGAUGUAUGUGUGAGUGACUCCAAACGUGGGAUACAGUCGUCCCUCGCAAUAUCACGGUUUGAUUGCUGCCUCACCAUGUUGCGUUUUUUCAGAUAAUUAAAUCGCCGUUUUAUGGUAGACUGCGGUCUUAAUACAGUAAACCUCGGAUAUAUCUGACUCGGAUAUAUCGGAAAUUCGCUCACAACGAACAGAUAAAAAAGAACCGAUUUUUCUGUAAUGCAUUUCCAAUAAAAAUUCAUUGCAUAUAUCGGAUUUUUUAUAACGGAUUCCACCUAUUUCGGACAAAAUCUCCAGUCCCGUUCCAAUGCAUUUCCAUGAAAUUUCCCUCGCAUAUAUCGGAUGGCCGCAUCGUGGCGCUCCGAUUCGCCGAAUCGUGACAGGCCGCUAUACGACGUCAUUUGCAGCGUUUGCAGCGUUGCCUGUGCGUCCAGGUACAUUGGAAACAUAGUCAAGGAAGUGCCUUUUUAUAACGGAUAAAAUCCGAUUUACGCAUAUACCGGAUAUAAAUCCGAUAUAUGCGUAAAACGGACAUUUUCCGGUAUACGCAUAUAACGGAUUUCGCUUAUAUCGGACAAAACCAGUGGGAACAAUUGAAUCCGAUAUAUCCGAGGUUUACUGUAUUAGUCUGUGCAUAUUAAAAUACAAGUGAUAUGUUGUUUUCUGGGCCGCACGGUGGACGAGUCAGGUGAUUGGAAAGUCCAGGGUGUACCCCGCCUCUCUGGGAUAGGCUUCAGCAUACCUGCGCCCCUAGUGAUUAUAAGCGGCAUAGAAAACAGAUGGAUGGAUGUUGUAUUCCAGUCAUUAGGUGGCAGUAAUGACAGGAAACUAACACUGCAUGAAGUCAAGAGUGAAAAAUGUUGUCCCAUUCAAGGCUAACUGGUUAGCAGCAACAGUUGUAAACAAUGAAUAAUGGAGGUGAUAAUAGGCGUGUUAUUUCACGUCUAAAGAGCUGUAAUGUUAAACGUAUUUUCAAAGUCAAAACAGGUUUUCUUUUCGCUUAAAUACAAAAAGAUUCCAUUAUUGAAUCCUACAUGGUGGAAAUUCACUUACCACAGUCGGGUCUGGAACCAACCAACCAUCAACAAGGGACUACUAUAUUACAUUUCCCAUCAAUUCAUGCUCAUGUCUGGAUGUAGAAGUUGGCGAUCACUCGCUGUGCCUUUUUAGAAGUCCUCACCUGAAGGGAAAUCGAUAUCACUGGAAAAUGUUUUUUGUAAUUUGUGAUGUUUUCAUGAUCUGAAAAUGGGGGAUGUCAGUAACGUUUAUAUGAUAAAAGGUUGCCCUGCUGAUUAGGAUGAGUCUGACAACUGUUUUUUUUUGGUAGCUCGACUUUGCUAUGCACUUCACUACUGAGCAAAAAAAAUGCACUUUACACACUGAGGGCACCUGUGUUUGCUGCACAUGCUUUGUACAUAUGUUUGCUUUAUUAUGAAACCAAAGAUGCUCCAUCUGGAUUGAAUGUCAAAGAUCUGCGCUUUUGUUUCUAACUCUUGUGAAUUUAGUGUAUUAGUGCAGUCGUGAAGUUUUUUUUUU